GAUUACAAUGAAUGAAAGCCUUGAAAGAAAAAGUGGGUUAUUACUGUGAAAAAAAAAUCGACCAACUAGAAAAGUCACCUCCAAAAUCUCCAACAAUGGCGACCACGACCUUACUCUGCUCUUCGAAACCCAUUUUCAAAGAAACUCAUUCCACUCCAACUCCCAAAAUUAAAAAAACCCCGGCACUGACCAAAAAACUGUCGGCUCGCGGUUUAAUUUGGAAACCGAAACCCGUUGUUGGUAUAGUCGGGUCGGUUCUGGCCUUGGCUCUUGUGGGUUCCGCUUCGGCCUCCGAGUUGCCACCGUUGUUGCUGGGCACUUCUUCGCCGCUUAGUGAACCCGCUAAUGCCUUGUCUCUGCCCACUUGGGCCAUACACGUGUCCAGUGUUGUUGAAUGGAUUACAGCAAUGGCUUUGGUGUGGCAAUAUGGAGAGAAAUCUGGGUUUGAAUCAUGGAAGGGUCUCUCUUGGGGUAUGGUACCUCUACUUGGUGGAGCAUUUUGUGCAUGCACAUGGCAUUUCUUUUACAAUUCUGAAUCACUUGAGGUAUUGGUAGCUCUUCAGGCUGCACUGACAGUAAUAGGUAACGCCACCAUGUGUUUUGCUGCAUUUCGUAUCUACAUAUUAUCAGACAAACGUUCCCAGAAGCUAUGAAGUUCCACACUUAUAAUCCAUUGAAUGCGACUGAAGGGAUAUCGUCUACUGCUACGUGCUAUCCUUCUAUUGGAGAGCUAAACUAGACCGGUGCUACUAAGUACAUCAAUAGCCAUAAUUGUUUACCGUUUGCAGAAAGGAUAUGGCAGGCUGGAAGCUUCCCCAGUAGUGACAAAAGUAAAUUUUCACCAGGGAAAAACAUUUGUAUUAUCUAAAUGGAAGGCGGUUGCCUCUCAUGCUUGUUUGGGAAUGGCUGGAAGCAGCCUGAAAGUCAAAUGUUAUCAUGGUUUGAGCUGUGUCCAUAAUAAAAGCCUCUCUCUUGCUGUGCCUGGUCAAUUUGUCAACCGACUAGUUUGACUUGAGCCUUUCUUGUUGCAGUUGAAUUAAAAAUUCUUAAAAAAAAAAAAAUUACUCCAUUAACAGGUGACAGCAGCUAUUGUGAAUAUCUAUUUCUUGUUUUCUGAUCGGUUAUUCUGUAAUGUGACGUUCUUGCCUGGGUAUAAUUUCUAAUUUGACUGAUAUGCGACAAUAACUGGAGAUUUCUUUGAAGAAUGUUAAAUGGCAAUCAUGAGUUUUUGACAAAAAAAAAAGCAAUAUUUAAGGACAGUAAGGAGAGACAAAGAUGCCAAAUUACAGGCAAAUUAAUAAAACAAUGGGGUUUGAGAAAAUAAGGAUGCUGAAGGGAAUUAGGCCUUACGUUUGAAGCAGUAUGUCCCCAAAGAUUUAAGCUAA